GUGAGGGGGAGGAGCGGGAAAAUCCGAUCCCUUCGUUCGGAGAAGUCCCUUGCCGGGCGGGAAGCAGGAGGCGGAGGCUGUACAGCUCUACGGCAACGCAGCCACCCACUUUCCUCCUUUAAGGAGGCCAGAUCCGAGAGUGGAGAGGAGUUACUUGGAGGGACCCCUGGCUCGGAAUGUCCCCCUGACUCAACACAAGCGUCCGGCAGGCUAGCGGGGCUGCCAUGGCCUCGGCGGCCUCCUCGCUGCCUGCGGUCCUGCCGCCGUUCCAGUUCCGCCCCCGGCACGACACCCCGGACUGGCGGCGGCUAAGCGCGGUGGACGUGGAGCGGGUGGCGGCCGAGGUGGACGUGGCGGUGCUGCAGGAGCACCUGGGGCACGUCACCUUCUGCAGCGCCGAGCGGGAGCGCUGCCCGCACUGCCAGGCCCCCGCCGACGCGCUCCUCCUCAAGCUCCUGCGCCUGGCGCAGCUCUGCCUCGAAUACCUGCUCCACUCCCAGGACUACCUCAGCGCCCAGCUCCGCGCCGGCCAGGAGCUCCUCCGGGCCGCCGACGCCAACCGCGACCAGCUGGCCAAGGAGGUCGCCCGCGGAGCUCAGGAGAUCCGGCUGCUCAAGGUGGAGUGCAAGCGCCGCAAGAAGAUGCUCGGCACCCAGCAGAUGAUGCUCCAGGCGGGGGCCACCUGCCACCAGCACCUGCAACAGAUGCCUACAAAAAGAGCUCUGAACAGUUUGUCCCAUUGCUCACCUGCUGAUCCAUGUCAAUUUUGUGACAAAGCUUUUAUGAACUAUUCCUUCCUGCACAGUCAUCUGCAGCGUCGCCACGCAGAAGAAUCAUACAUUGCAGAUCAGAAGGGAAAAGCACAGACGGAUAAAUUACAGGAAGAAAUCAACAAGCUAAAGGAGCAGCUACAGCUUACCAGUUCUCAGUUAGAAGCUGAGCAACAGGCUCAUAUAGUCAAACUGUCUAAGGAAUAUGAGAAACAUAGAUCAAAAGAGGAGGAGAUUCGGCAAUUAUUUCACAAGUGGAAAGAAGAAGAAAAAGAGAAAUUGGCCAGUGAAUUGGAGAAGGUGAAAGAGAUGUUUAUGAAGGAGUUUAAAGAGUUAACUGCAAAGAAUACAGAAUUGGAAAAUCAUCUAUUAGAAGUACAGAAGUCCAACAAACACCUGAAAUCUAAUUUAGGCACAUUAAAAGAUAGUUAUGAAUUUCCAGAAGAGAAACCUCAGGACACCAUAGAUCACCAGUACAUUAUGGAGCUUCUAGAAAGACAGGAAACCAAGUGGACUGCUAAAGUACAGGCUCUUCAGCAAGAACAUGAAAAUGAAAAGCAUCAGCUUACGUUACAAAUUGAGAAGCUCAAAACAUCAGUGACUGAGGAGCUGAACACAAGCAGUAUCUUCUAUAAGAAGAGAAUGGAAGAAUUAGGACAGAAACUUCAAGAGCAGAAUGAUCUUAUUAUUACACAGAAACACCAGAUACAAAAAUUGGCUACAAAAUCAGUAGAAAGCAUCAGGUCACCUGAUGUGAAACAUUCUGCACAUAAUAUUGUUCAGCCUAAAGCCAGUCUGUCAUCCAUGUGUGAACACAUGCUGGAGCCCAUAGAGGAGCUUCCAGAGGAUGAAAAAGAAACAGAGAAAGUUGAGCCCAAAGUAGGAAACAGUAAGCAUCAUAUAAUAGAUACCUUGAAGAAUAAUCCUUCUCUAUCCAGAGAGCUGAGAGCUAUUUUGGAGCAGACCCUAGCAGAGAAGUUGGAAUCCUUGGGAGUUAAAUCAGGAAUUCAUGGUAUCCCAAGUGAUCAUUUGAGCAGGGUCUUAAUGUCCGUUGAAUCUGCUAGAGAAGAGAGAAAGAAACAAGUUCCUGAUAUUCAGCAUAUUCGAGAACAACUUGAACGGCAAGUCAGCUUUAGAGUUGCAGAAAGAGCAUCUUGCAGUAGGCUUUUUUCCAGCCCUCAUCUUUCUCCAGAAGCUAGACAGAGGGGAGCUCACAUAGGUGGUUCAUUAUCAACAGUAUUACCAAAAGCAAAAAAACGUUCUUCAAUUGCCAAGCGUCCAACUGUACCAAGAACAAUUGCAGUUGAAAACACAUCAACACCAAAGACCAAGAAAAGUGCUUCAGGAGAUGGAAUUCCCAGAAAACCAGCUAGUAUUACAACCCCACCAUUUAGCUCCGAGGAAGAAGUGGAGGAUAAUGACAUCAUGCACUCCUACAUCUCACCAGAGUUAUCUCAACCUAAACCAUCCAAGAGUGGCAGCAAGAUCAACUUGUCAAGAUUUGCAAGUCAGAGUGACAUGAAUUCUCCUGAAGAAGAUGUGGUGGAAGAAAUUAAAGUGAAUAUUAAGCCUUCAAAAGGUGCAUUUACCCAAAGAGGGACUGACCAAGUGGAAAAGAAUCUUUCGAGCCAAGGAAAGGAAAACAAACCUGCAGGAGGAAUUAGUGUUGUCCCAGCAUCCUUUCAAAAGAAUGCUCAAGGUGUAAAGUUCACAGGAGUUGUUGAUGAGGAUGAGGAUGACUGGGAUUUGUCAUCCCUAGAAGAAGAAAACCCUUUGCCAGCAAAAGAUGAAAAAGUUAAGACAGAAGCUGCCAUAGAAAAGAACGAUGCAAAUGCAACAACCAUGGUCCAGGCAUGGGGAACUGCUAUGGGGAAAGCAACCAAGGAAGAAGGUCUUCAAGAUCCAGAUACAACAAGCACGUUAAAAAGCAGUUUAGUCACCGUCACAGACUGGAGUGAUUCUUCAGAUAUCUGAUUGUCACCUUAGGAAUAAGGUUUGAUCUACAACAAAUUGAUUUCUGUUCAUUUUUCUUGUGUAUUAACAAGGAACUUUUGUUUACAAAAUUCUGGUGUCUUUCUGAAUACUUUUAGCUAGCUCCCACUUUUAAGAAAGUAUUAGUCCUCAAUAAACAAUAUUAAAUGACCCAGUAUUUUAUUUUUAUUAAACAAACAUAUUUAAAAGUUCUUUAUAUGAGGCUUUAUAUAAAAUGUGAACACCUUAAAUAAAGUACUUCUUUUCA